AUGUUUGCGGAAUCUUCUGGGAAGCGAAAGCUCGAGAAUGACUCCGCUGAGGGUGAUCUAUCGGACUCUUCUUCGGAUGAGCUAGAGGCUCCACCGGCAAAAGUCGUCGCCACUGAGUUGAAACCGAUGUCAAAUGCGGAACGAAUGAUGGCAAAAAUGGGUUACAAAGAGGGAAAAGGUCUCGGUAAAGCGAAGCAAGGAGUGGUGGAACCGGUCGCUUUGUCUACUCAACGUGGUCGCGUUGGUCUUGGUCAUGAAAUGAACAAGGCAGUUGGACGGGACUUUCUGGAAACCUGGGAUGAAUCCAAAGAAGACAAAACUAUCGAAGAACAAGUGCGUUGGAUGGCUGAAUGCCCUGAGAGUACGCGUGAUUGGGUUGUGGACUAUCUUGAAGGUUCUGAAUGGAUUCAAAUAGGGGAGAAGAAGUUAAAUAUUGACGACGAAACAAAUUUUUGCGAUGGUGAGAUCCUGAGGAAUAUGCUUAAGUCAAAAAAUGUGUUCGAUGUGGUUCCGGACAGAGAUCUUCGAGAAGCGCGAGCUCGAGCGAAUCCGUAUGAAACGAUCGGAGCUGCAUUUUUCCAAAAUCGAGCCGCUAUGAAAGUAGCGAAUCUAGAUCGGACUUUUAAUUUUCUGUUCAGCGGGGAAACCGAGGAAAAACUUCUGAGCAAAAAUCCCCUCAAGUCAGACCGACCCAACAAUAAUUGUGAUCGAGAGGCACCUCUUUUCUAUUUUGCCGAUGUGUGCGCUGGUCCAGGUGGCUUUUCCGAAUAUAUGCUAUGGCGAAAGGCUUUCUACAAUGUGAAGGGCUUUGGGUUCACACUCAAAGGGAAGGACGACUUCAAACUUGGCAAGUUCACUGCCUCCUCCGCUCAUUACUUUGAGCCAUAUUACGGGAAAGAAGGUGACGGUGAUGUAACAAAACCAGCUAAUAUAAAUUCUCUAGAAGAGUUCAUUAUGAAAGGAACUAACGAUGUCGGUGUUGAUCUCAUGAUGGCUGAUGGUGGCUUCAGUGUCGAAGGACAAGAAAAUAUUCAGGAGAUUUUGUCGAAACGUAUUUAUCUGUGUCAAUUAUUGGUUUCUCUUUGUAUUGUCCGUGAAGGAGGAGUAUUCUUCUGCAAACUUUUUGACAUAUUCACUCCAUUCAGCGCGGGUUUGGUAUACUUGAUGUAUGUCGCAUAUGAUCAAAUUUCACUGCACAAACCUCAUACGAGUCGUCCGGCGAAUUCAGAGAGGUAUAUAAUUUGUAAAGGUUUGCGAAAAAAUUACUCUGAUGCUGUGCGGGAUUAUUUGAAACGGGUUAAUGAGCAAAUGGACGAAUUCGCGAAGGCUGUUUCGUCGAAAGACGUGCUUUCUGUUGUACCCUUAGAGACGUUACGAAGUGACGAGGACUUUUUCAAUUACCUAGUCGAGCACAACGAAAGGUUAGCUGUCCGUCAAUCGACAUAUCUGCAGAAAUAUUUGAGUUUUGCCAGAAACAGCUCAUUAAUUGACAAAGAUCAGGGUAUACUUCGAGAAGACUGUCUCAAACAUUGGUUGGUCCCCAACAAGCAGCAAGAACGAAGAGAACGAGGUGCGGAGCGCCAACAAAUUGAUCCGGACCAGUAUUUUGGAAGGUUCACAAGAAAGUUCUAUGGUCGCGAAGACUUCAGUGCAAGGCUGCCACCAUUCACUGCCGCUCUGCUUAGUGAACGAACAGUAAAAGAGCUCAGAUAUGCUGAGUUUUCUCUCAACAUUCUGUCAAAUCGGGCUUCAACACAACCCGAGCUCCUGAUCUCAACUGGGGUACGUCAAGUCAUUUGA